AUGCCUCUCACCGCCUCUGAUGUCUGCAAGAUUAUCUUUGCCAUCAUUCUGCCCCCUCUGGGAGUCUUCUUGGAGCGCGGAUGUGGUGCUGAUCUCCUGAUCAACAUUCUGCUGACCAUUCUUGGUUACAUUCCCGGAAUCAUUCACGCCCUUUACAUUAUCUUCAAAUAUUAA